GCAACACGCAGAACGCCGCUGUGAAUGAUGACGAGGAGGAGACCGUCUCCGCUAUCCUGCGUAAGGUGGAGGACUGGCUGCAGCCGUUCCGGGUUUCCAUGGAGACGCUGCGUGACGUGAGCGUGCGGCUGAGGCGGGACCUGAUCCGCGGCCUGGGCAAGCACACACACCGCCGCGCACCCGUCAAGAUGCUGCCCACCUUCGUCAGGGCCACGCCCGACGGCACAGAGAAGGGGGACUUCCUGGCCCUGGAUCUGGGCGGGACUCAUUUCCGUGUGCUGCACGUGCGUGUGCUGGAGGACCAGCAGAAACUGCUGAAGAUGGACAGCCAGAUCUGCGCCGUCCCCCAAGAGAUCAUGCUGGGACCAGGGUCACAGCUCUUUGACCACAUCGCUGCCUGUCUCUCUGAGUUCCUGGAGUCUCUGGGGCUGAGAGAUCAGGUCCUGCCCCUGGGCUUCACCUUCUCCUUCCCCUGCGAGCAGAAGGACAUCGACAAGAGCAUCCUGAUCAGGUGGACGAAGGGGUUCAACUGUUCGGGAGUGGAGGGGGAGGACGUGGUGGCCCUGCUGAGGGAGGCCAUUCACAGGAGAGGGGACUAUGACAUCGGCCCUGUUGCCAUGGUGAACGACACCGUGGGGACCAUGAUGAGCUGUGGGUAUCGAGACCGGAGCUGUGAAAUCGGCAUGAUCAUCGGCACAGGGACUAACGCGUGCUACAUGGAGGAGAUAAAGAACGUGAAGCGCGUGGAGGGGGAGGAUGGCCGCAUGUGCAUCAACACGGAGUGGGGCGGCUUCGGGGACGACGGGUCGCUCAGGGACAUCCAGACCGAGUUCGACCUGGAAGUGGACAGAACAUCACUCAAUCCAGGGGUACACACGUUUGAGAAGAUGAUCAGUGGGAUGUAUCUGGGGGAGGUGGUGCGGCUGGUUCUGGUCAAGCUUGCCCAGGAGAAGAUGCUCUUUGGAGGGGAAGUUUCUGAAGCUCUCCUUACGCCGAAUACAUUUAAAACCGAAUACAUCUCUCAAAUAGAAGAAGAGGGGACAGGGCUGGACCGUGCGCGGGAGAUCCUGUUGGAGUUGGCGCUCCCUGCUGGACAGCAGCACUGCCGCAUCCUGCUCCUGGUGUGCAGCACCCUGUCCACCCGCUCAGCCCAGCUGUGCGCCGCUGCCCUGGCAACCAUCGCCAACCGCAUCCGCAGCAACCGUGGGCUGGACCAACUGCACACCACCGUGGGGGUGGACGGCACCGUGUACAAGAAGCACCCCAAGUUCAGCCAGAGACUGCAGGACACCGUGCGCAUCCUGGCGCCCCACUGCAACAUCUCCUUCCUGGUUGAUGAGGAUGGGAGCGGGAAGGGCGCUGUCAUGGUGACGGCGGUUGCCCAGCGACUGGCCAUGCAGUCACGACUGCUGGAGGACACUAUGAUGCCGUUCCGGGUUUCCAUGGAGACGCUGCGUGACGUGAGCGUGCGGCUGAGGCGGGACCUGAUCCGCGGCCUGGGCAAGCACACACACCGCCGCGCGCCCGUCAAGAUGCUGCCCACCUUCGUCAGGGCCACGCCCGACGGCACAGAGAAGGGGGACUUCCUGGCCCUGGAUCUGGGCGGGACUCAUUUCCGUGUGCUGCACGUGCGUGUGCUGGAGGACCAGCAGAAACUGCUGAAGAUGGACAGCCAGAUCUGUGCCAUCCCCCAAGAGAUCAUGCUGGGACCAGGGUCACAGCUCUUUGAUCACAUCGCUGCCUGUCUCUCUGAGUUUCUGGAGUCUCUGGGGCUGAGAGAUCAGGUCCUGCCCCUGGGCUUCACCUUCUCCUUCCCCUGCGAGCAGAAGGACAUCGACAAGAGCAUCCUGAUCAGGUGGACGAAGGGGUUCAACUGUUCGGGAGUGGAGGGGGAGGACGUGGUGGCCCUGCUGAGGGAGGCCAUUCACAGGAGAGGGGACUAUGACAUCGGCCCUGUUGCCAUGGUGAACGACACCGUGGGGACCAUGAUGAGCUGUGGGUAUCGAGACCGGAGCUGUGAAAUCGGCAUGAUCAUCGGCACAGGGACUAAUGCGUGCUACAUGGAGGAGAUAAAGAACGUGAAGCGCGUGGAGGGGGAGGAUGGCCGCAUGUGCAUCAACACGGAGUGGGGCGGCUUCGGGGACGACGGGUCGCUCAGGGACAUCCAGACCGAGUUCGACCUGGAAGUGGACAGAACAUCACUCAAUCCAGGGGUACACACGUUUGAGAAGAUGAUCAGUGGGAUGUAUCUGGGGGAGGUGGUGCGGCUGGUUCUGGUCAAGCUUGCCCAGGAGAAGAUGCUCUUUGGAGGGGAAGUUUCUGAAGCUCUCCUUACGCCGGAUACAUUUAAAACCAAAUACAUCUCUCAAAUAGAAGAAGAGGGGACAGGGCUGGACCGUGCGCGGGAGAUCCUGUUGGAGUUGGCGCUCCCUGCUGGACAGCAGCACUGCCGCAUCCUGCUCCUGGUGUGCAGCACCCUGUCCACCCGCUCAGCCCAGCUGUGCGCCGCUGCCCUGGCAACCAUCGCCAACCGCAUCCGCAGCAACCGUGGGCUGGACCAACUGCACACCACCGUGGGGGUGGACGGCACCGUGUACAAGAAGCACCCCAAGUUCAGCCAGAGACUGCAGGACACCGUGCGCAUCCUGGCGCCCCACUGCAACAUCUCCUUCCUGGUCUCAGAGGAUGGGAGCGGGAAGGGCGCUGCCAUGGUGACGGCGGUUGCCCAGCGACUGGCCAUGCAGUCACGACUGCUGGAGGACAGCGAGGGCGAGGAUGACGAGGAGGAAGAGGGGGAGGAGGAAGAGGGAAACUAACUCUGCUCGUGGAGUCAUUGAAACCAGCACACUGUUGUACACAGAUGGCUGUUUUUAAUGAGUACAACCUACCAAAGACACAGCCUUACGGUACACACCCAGGACAUCAGCCCCGUUCUUACGUGUCUGUGCACGAUAUACAAACAGGCUUAUGUGUCAUUUUAAAGAAUUCAUCAGAUUAGGCAAAUACACUCAGUGACCACUUUAUUGGUUAGACCGGCUGUUUAAUGCAAAUAUCUAAUCAGCCAAUCAUGUGACAGCAACUCAGUGCAUAAAAGCAUGCAGACAUGGUCAAGAGGUUCAGUUGUUGUUCAGACCAAACAUCAGAAUGGGGGAAGAAAUGUGACUUUGACCGUGGAAUGAUUGUUGGUGCUAGACAGGGUGGUUUGAGUAUCUCAGAAUCAGCUGAUCUCCUGGGAUUUUCACAGUUUACAGAUAAUGGUGAGAGGUCAGAGGAGAAUGGCCAGACUGGUCAAAGCUGACAGGAAGGUGACAGCAACACAAAUAACCACACAUUACAACAGUGGUAUGCAGAAGAGCAUCUCUGAACACACAAUGCAUUGAACCGUGAAACGGAUAGGGAUAGGGUUACAAAGGCUACAGCAGCAGAAAAGGUCUAAAUACCUAUUAAAAUGCUCACUGAGUGUAUAUGUGCCCAUUGGAUCACUGGAUUACCUGGAUGAUCUGAUUUUUGUUUAUGACAUAUUUAUUAUGUUUCACCUCCAUAAUUGAGUUCCCAUGCUUCUGGGCUCAUUUAAAAGUCAUCAAAAUAAAACAAUUUUUAAAAAAGUCA